GUUGCCUCCAAAAUCCGAUACCUACACGAGUACCACCACCGCGUCAUCCAUAAUACUUAUCCGGUGCCAACGGGAACUGACAUUGCCAACACCCUGAAGUAUUUCUCUCAGACACUGUUAAGCGUCCUGCGAGAUUCUCCGUCGGAACGAGGCCAACAAAGCCGGGAUGCCCAAUUGUCCGAGUACCCUUCUUUGGAUUAUCAGGGGCUCUAUGUGACAUUGGUUACCUUGUUGGACCUGGUGCCCUUACUCCAACAUGGCCAACAUGACUUGGGACAAUCGAUAUUUUAUACAACCGCUUGCCUGUUACCGUUUCUGAGUGACGAUAUACUGAGCACCUUGCCGUACACCAUGAUCUCCACAUUGGCCACAUUCCCUCCCUUCCUGCACAAGGACAUCACCGAGUAUCUCAGUACGUCCUUCCUGCCCAUGGCCAUCUGCUCCAGAGGAAGAGAAGGGAAUGUUCCACAACAUGUUAACCUCUCCGCCUCAUCAAUGCUUAUGAUUGCAAUGCAGUACACCUCCAACCCAGUCUAUCACUGUCAGCUCCUGGAGUGUCUCAUGAAGUACAAGCAGGAAGUGUGGAAAGAUCUGUUGUACGUCAUCGCCUAUGGACCCUCCCAGGUCAAGCCGCCAGCCGUGCAGAUGCUGUUUCAUUAUUGGCCGAACCUGAAACCCCCGGGGGCGAUCAGCGAAUACCGCGGGCUGCAGUACACGGCCUGGAAUCCCAUCCACUGUCAGCACAUAGAAUGCCACAACGCCAUCAACAAGCCCGCUGUAAAGAUGUGUAUCGAUGCCGCGCUCUCGGUGGCUUUGGGUGACAAACCUCCCCCGUUAUACCUGUGUGAGGAGUGCAGCCAGAGGAUUGCCGGG